UAACAUUGCGUCGACUGACAGUUAAACGAUAAGUUUCGUUUACAGUCAUCAAAAUUAUAUGGUAUUCUUUUCUAGGCAGUUUAAUAAAGUGCAACGCUUUUAAAAUAUAUAUUAAAUUGUAGGGCAUUCCUGUCAGUGUUUAUUAACAACUGGAAGUAAUCAGACACACAUUAAACUAAAACUAUGUUAUUAAUUUUGGUAUUUCAAAUCGUGUUGUGUUCCAUUUCAGCCACCGGAUUUACUAUCCAUCAAGAAAAUAAUGCUUGUUCAAGUUUAAAGUACUACCCUGUCAAGGCCUUCAGCUCCCACUGUUACGUAAACCCCAACGUCCUUGCUUCUACCCCUGAAAUGAUUAAGCUCAAUGGUUACAAAUAUGGAACCUAUAAAGUGGUUUCAGAAGACGGUUAUACUUCCUUGAUUUUUCGUGUACUACCACACGACGGUGGUAGGAACAGACAACCUGUCAUCUUGGAACAUGGGGUACAGGUUAACUCAGCAGUUUGGACUUGGAUGGGGAAUAGGUCUCUAGCUUUCGUUUUGACCGACGCUGGUUAUGACGUUUGGUUAAUGAACCAAAGAGACAGUGGUUAUACCACCCAUAAUAAGUACAAAACGUCAGAUUACAAAUUUUGGGCCAACAGUUUGGACGAUGUUGCCACUAAAGGAGUACCAGCAAUGUUAAAUACUGUUGCUACAGCAACUAACAAAUCUGGUUCUAUUAUUUACAUUGGUCAUUCGAGAGGAUCUACUUUAGCUUUUAUGUAUGCGUCCGAAAAUCCAAAAGAAGCACAAAAAUUUCUUCGAGGAGUUGUCGCCUUGUCGCCUAUUGCGUAUCUUAAUCCCAACUUGGUAGUCAGAGUACUUUGCAACUUAGCACCUAUUAUUGGCAAAGUCCUAGAACUUUUAAGAAUUUCAGUAAUAAAUUAUCCAGUAGGGCUAACUAUAGGGUUUUACCAAACCCUAUGCACCAAUUUGCCAUACUUUUGCAAGUUAAUUCUUCUCUUGACUUCAGGAAGCGUGAAUCAAUUUCAGCCGAAUGAUCUUUUAGCUUUUUUUUCCAUUUUCCCAAUUUCGCUUUCAGUAAUGGAAACUUUACAGUACGCCCAGAUAUACCGUUCCGGGAAAUUUCAAAAAUAUAACUACGGAAAAAAACAAAAUUUGCUGAAAUAUCAGCAACAAGAACCUCCUUUGUACAAUCUUGGUAACUUUAAGCUUCCUAUUUACAUGUACUAUGGAAAGCGGGAUAUUUUAAUCAAAGAAAAGAGUGUGAAAAGAAUUUUUAAAGAACUUGGAAGCACCGAGAAGCGAUAUUCCAGUGCACCUGUUGGAAUUAACAAGAAGAAGUUGCAGUUUGGUCAUAAUGACUUCAUUUGGUCUAAAGAUAUACAAGAAUUGUUUUAUAAAGAUCUGCUGCGAACUCUGAGUAAACUAAAGCCUAAAUCUUCGCUGGAAUAAUAAAUUAUGAUUAGUGUUC